AUGGUAACUACUCAGUAUGAAAAUUUUGUUAUGAAAGAAGGAGAGACCAUUCAUGAAAUGUACACCAGAUUUUCUUCUAUAACAAAUGAACUGAGGUGCUUGGGUGAACACAUCAGUCAAACAAAGCAAGUCAGAAAGGUUUUAAGAGCUCUUCCAAAGUCAUGGGAAAGCAAAGUGGAUGCUAUCACUAAAGCCAAGGAUUUGAAGACACUUACCAUGGAUGUACUUAUUGGUAACUUGCAGACUCACGAGAUAAAUAAGCAGUAUGAUGGUUGCAAAAAGGACAAUAAUAAAGACAAGUCCUUAUCUUUGAAGUCUGAUCAAAGUGAUGAUGAUGAGGAAGAGGAAGAUAAGGAUAUGGCCUAUCUACCUCACAUGUUUCGGAAAAUUAUGAGGAAGCAUGACAGAUUCAGAAAGAAGGGAAGCUUUGGACGAAAUCCAAAUGGUGUUGAACUUUGUCACAGAUGCGGAAAGCCAGGGCAUUUUAUCGGAGAGUUCUCUAUGAACAAAGCUGAACACAAAAAAUAUACCAAACCUGCAGAACACCCUGAUGAUGCAUCUAUGCUGGCAAUGAAGAAUGAUGAUGAAGUCUACAACACACUCUUCGCUUGCAUGGCAAAAUCUGAUGAUGAAUCUGAAGAUGAGUUGAAAGAGAAGUCAAGCAAUAUUGAGCUGGAUCUUGAGGAAAGACUAAAAGAUUCAGAGCUGAAACUGUUUAUGUUUCUAGAACAAAAUGCUCAACUGGAAAGGGAUCUGGUCAAGCUCAAGAAUGAUCUACGUGAGUCACUUAAGUGGACUACAUCCUCCAAAAUACUGGAUGACAUGACCAGUGAAAAGGAUAACAAUGGGAAGGGCCUAGGCUAUGAGGAAGCAGUGAGUGGUGGUUUAUGGAUAGUGGAUACUCCAAGCACAUGGACUGGAAGGACUGAAAACUUCCUCUCUCUUAAAGUACUACAAGGUGGUAGUGUUUCAUUUGGUAAUGGAAAACAGAGCUACAUUCUGGGGAUUGGUAGAAUCGAAAAAUCCUUAGAACACUCUAUUGAAGAUGUCUAUUAUGUAAAUGGGUUGAAAUAUAAUCUAUUGAGUGUGUCGCAAAUCUGUGAUAAAGGGAAAGAAGUCAAGUUCUUGUCAGAGAAGUGUUUGGUUACAAAUCUAUCUACAAAUAAGGUGAUUCUUACAGCCAGGAGAUGCAAAAAUAUGUACGUGGCUGAUCUCAGUUCUACUCAAAGUGACAAUCUGACAUGUCUUAAGGUUCAGGAUGAAAAUAAUGAUUUAUGA